GCCCAGGCGUCCGGGAGCAGCGGCCCCCGGACGCCUGGGUCCCUCGCGCGCCCUUGGGGAAGGGCGGCCGGGGGGGGGGAAGGGGGCGGGGCUGCGCCCGGACGCCUGGGCUCCUCGGCGGCGCGGGGGCUGCUGGGAGCAGCCAUGGCCGGGCUGGGCAAGAUCGGUGCCGCCCUGAAGACGCUGUGGGCGAAGGAGCCCGUCAUCACCGUCAGCAUCGCCAUCGCCACCGUGGCCGUGCUGUCGCCGCUGCUGAGCCCCUACGCCAAGUACUCGGGCAUGAUCAACCGGGCCACCCCCUACACCUACCCAGUGCCGCUGCGGGACGACGGGAACCUGCCGGAGGUGCCGGCUCACCCCUGCGACAAGGAGGGGCCCAGCCUGGAGUGGCUCAAGAAGCUCUGAGCGGCCCCCCGACCCGGGGGGGGGCCACGGGGGUGCCCCCCCGCACCCCCCCGCGUCGUACACCGCGGCCGUGUCGCGCUGGGGGGCCCAGGCGUCCGGCCCCCCCGGUAAACACAUUGCACGGUC